UGGCGGCCGAGGGAAGACCCGGGAGUCCCUGAAGCGCAAGAUGGCGACGGCGGCUGCAUCCUCGGCUUCGGAACCCGAGGCCGAGCCCCAGGCCGGGCCCCAGGCCGAGGGAGAGGAGGAUGAGGUCAAGGCGGCCAGGACGAGGAGGAAGGUGUUGUCGCGGGCUGUGGCCGCUGCGACGUCCAAGACCAUGGGGCCAGGGUGGGACCAGCCGCAAGAGGAAGGCAUGAGCGAGAGCGAUGGGGAUGAGGAGUACGCCAUGGCCUCCUCGGCGGAGAGCUCCCCCGGGGAGUACGAAUGGGAGUACGACGAAGAGGACGAGAAGAACCAGCUGGAGAUCGAGCGGCUGGAGGAGCAGCUCUCCAUCAACGUCUAUGACUAUAACUGCCACGUGGAUCUGAUCAGGCUGCUGCGGCUGGAGGGGGAGCUGAGCAGAGUGCGGGCGGCUCGCCAGAAGAUGAGCGAGAUCUUCCCCCUGACUGAAGAGCUCUGGCUGGAGUGGCUGCACGACGAGAUCAGCAUGGCCCUGGAUGGCCUGGACCGCGAGCACGUGUACGACCUCUUCGAGAAAGCCGUGAAGGAUUACAUUUGUCCUAACAUUUGGCUGGAGUACGGCCAGUACUCAGUUGGUGGCAUCGGUCAGAAAGGUGGCCUUGAGAAAGUCCGCUCUGUGUUUGAAAGGGCGCUCUCGUCGGUCGGUUUACACGUGACCAAAGGCCUCGCGGUGUGGGAAGCCUACCGAGAGUUUGAGAGUGCGAUCAUGGAAGCUGCUCGGCCCAUAGCUGGCUUCCUUUCCCCUUCUGACCGGGAACAAACCUUUGAUUCACAGCUUGACAAAGUCCACAGUCUUUUCCGGCGACAACUGGCGAUCCCUCUCUACGAUAUGGAGGCCACGUUUGCAGAGUACGAGGAAUGGUCGGAAGACCCAAUACCAGAGUCGGUGAUUCAGAGCUAUCACAAAGCACUGCAGCAGCUGGAGAAAUACAAACCCUACGAGGAAGCGCUGCUGCAAGCAGAGGCGCCGAGACUGGCCGAGUAUCAAGCAUAUAUUGAUUUCGAGAUGAAAAUUGGUGACCCUGCUCGCAUUCAGCUGAUCUUCGAGCGUGCCCUGGUUGAGAACUGCCUCGUCCCAGACUUAUGGAUCCGUUACAGUCAGUACCUAGACCGGCAGCUGAAAGUGAAGGAUUUGGUUCUGUCCGUACACAGCCGUGCCGUCAGAAACUGCCCCUGGACAGUUGCCCUCUGGAGUCGGUACCUGUUGGCCAUGGAGAGACAUGGCGUGGAUCAUCAAGUGAUUUCUGUGACCUUCGAGAAAGCUUUGAAUGCGGGCUUCAUCCAGGCCACUGAUUAUGUGGAGAUUUGGCAGGCGUACCUGGAUUACCUGAGAAGGAGGGUAGAUUUCAAGCAAGACUCCAGUCAGGAGCUGGAGGAGCUGCGGUCCACGUUCACGCGCGCGCUGGAGCACCUGCAGCAGGAGGUGGAGGAGCGUUUCAGUGAGAGUGGAGAUCCGAGCUGCGUGAUCAUGCAGAACUGGGCUAGGAUUGAGGCUCGACUGUGCAAUAACAUGCAGAAGGCCCGGGAGCUCUGGGACAGCAUCAUGACCAGAGGGAACGCCAAGUACGCCAACAUGUGGCUGGAGUACUACAGCCUGGAGAGGGCGCAUGGUGACACUCAGCACUGCCGGAAGGCUCUGCACCGGGCCGUUCAGUGCACCAGCGACUACCCCGAGCACGUGUGUGAUGUGCUGCUCACCAUGGAGAGGACAGAAGGUACUCUGGAAGAUUGGGAUGUAGCCGUCCAGAAAACCGAGACCCGACUGGCCCGCGUGAAUGAGCAGAGGCUGAAGGCUGCAGAGAAGGAAGCAGCCCUCGCCCAGCAGGAGGAAGAAAAGGCGGAACAGCGCAAGAGGGCCCGGGCUGAGAAGAAGGCGCUGAAGAAGAAGAAGAAGACCAGGAGCACAGACACACGCCCCGCCGAGGAGGAUGGCGACAAAGAGUGGGGUGACGAGGAAGAAGAGCAGCCCGCCAAGCGCAGAAGGGUUGAGAACAGUGUCCCCGCUGCCGGAGCAGUGCACGACGGGGCCCAGGAAUCGGGGGUCACCGGGAAACCCAUAGACGUCGACCGCCCUUCCAAGCAGAAGGAGAAGGCGGCCUCCCUGAAGAGGGACGUGCCCAAGGUGCCCCACGACAGCAGUAAGGACAGCGUCACCGUCUUCGUCAGCAAUCUGCCCUACAGCAUGGAGGAGCCGGACGAGAAGCUCAGGCCACUCUUUGAGGCCUGUGGGGAGGUGGUCGAGAUCCGCCCCAUUUUCAGCAACCGCGGGGACUUCCGAGGCUACUGCUACGUGGAGUUUAAAGAGGAGAAGUCGGCCCUUCAGGCGCUGGAGUUAGACCGCAAGAGCGUAGAGGGGCGGCCAAUGUUUGUUUCCCCCUGCGUGGAUAAGAGCAAAAACCCCAAUUUUAAGGUGUUCAGGUACAGCACCGCUCUGGAGAAACACAAGCUGUUCAUCUCGGGCCUGCCUUUCUCCUGCACGAAAGAGGAGCUGGAGGACAUCUGCAAGGCUCACGGCACCGUGAAGGACCUCCGGCUGGUCACCAACCGGGCCGGCAAGCCCAAGGGCCUGGCCUACGUGGAGUACGAAAACGAAUCCCAGGCGUCGCAGGCUGUGAUGAAGAUGGACGGCAUGACCAUCAGAGAGAACGUCAUCAAAGUGGCGAUCAGCAACCCCCCUCAGAGGAAGGCUCCAGAGAAGCCGGAGGCCAGGAAAGCGCCGGGUGGCCCCCUGGUGCCGCGGCAGAUAUACGGAGCGCGGGGGAAGGGCAGGACCCAGCUCUCUCUGCUGCCUCGUGCCCUGCAGCGCCCUGGUGCCGGGACUCCUCAGGCUGAGAACGGCCCUGCCCCACGUCCUGCCAACGCCGCCCCUGAGGCCACAGAGGCGCCCAAGAUGUCCAAUGCCGAUUUCGCCAAGCUGCUUCUGAGAAAGUGAGCGGACUCUGCGGGAGACGGGAAAGGCCUUCUCGCCGGCCAGUACUCCGGGGACAGAAGGGACUGGCCCAGUGCCCACCCACGGCCACGGGCUUUCCUCUGGGUCAGACAGAAGGGGAGUGUUCCCCGUGAAGCGGCGUCAGUGCUCCCUCACAUUGAGGGCGACGGCAGGAACGUGAGCUCAGGGCGUGGCAUCCUGAGGCACAUGGGUGUCUUCCCGAGUGAGGAGCAGCUGGGUCUGGGGCAGCGUGGAGACCCGCUCGUCCCGACGCUCCCAGCCGGCCCCAGCCCUUUUUCUAAGUCACUUCUCUCACACCUGCACGGUAUACGUGCCCAUCACUCUUUUAAUUUUUAAAAGAUGGACUGGCAAAUGCUAGUAACUCACCAGAACGGCCUAUUUUAGGAAGGGGUGGGAGCAGGGGAGGCCACGUAGGAGAAGUCCAAUGGGUUUUUGUUCGGGGGCUGUGUGUUUUUCUAUUGUGUUUGUAAAUGACACCUCAGCCUGUGGUUUCGUUUCCUAAAAGCAGUAUCCAGAUGUUUGUUUUAUACCUGUACCGGAGGCCGUGUGCCACCUGCCGCGGGCCACUUCCUCUGCCUGCCGACUGGCUUUUCUUGUCUGAACCCUGAGUUUCAGCUCUUUGGUUUUGUUGAAACACCAUGUCCUCCCCGUUUAGCUUUGUUUAUUAAACAGAAGUUCUCUUAAA